GUUUGACGUCGACGUUUACGUACGGCACGCCAUAUUUCCUCCCCGGCUUUUUCGCUGUUCAGGGAGAGCACCACGUUGCUCUGUAAUUGUUGCAUUUUUAGCCAAGCUUAUAACAGAUAAGGUCAUCUAGAGGAGUCUAUACGUUUGUUUGUGAGGUCCCUAUUCGGGCAAAGGAGUCUGCUCUGCUCUGUUUUGGAAAAAGGCAGGCAGAAUGUCGGAAAAACCGACUCGAAUCGCCAUUGUUAACCAUGACAAGUGCAAGCCAAAGAAAUGCCGACAGGAGUGCAAAAAGAGCUGCCCAGUUGUCCGAAUGGGUAAACUAUGCAUAGAGGUGACCAGUCAGUCCAAAAUUGUGUGGAUUUCUGAAUCUCUCUGCAUUGGCUGUGGUAUUUGCAUCAAGAAAUGUCCUUUCGGGGCCUUGUCAAUUGUUAAUCUGCCAAGCAACCUUGAAAAAGAGACAACCCACAGAUACUGUGCCAACUCAUUCAAGUUGCAUCGAUUGCCUAUACCUAGACCAGGCGAAGUCUUGGGACUGGUUGGCACCAAUGGUAUCGGGAAGUCAACUGCACUCAAGAUCCUCGCUGGGAAACAGAAGCCCAACCUGGGGAAAUUUGAUGCCCCACCAGAUUGGCAAGAAAUCCUGACCUAUUUCAGAGGGUCUGAGCUUCAGAACUACUUCACCAAGAUCCUGGAGGAUGACCUGAAGGCUAUUGUGAAACCCCAGUAUGUCGACCAGAUUCCCAAGACCGUCAAGGGGACUGUUGGUGCUAUUCUGAGCAGAAAGGACGACACUAAAACAGAGACUGUUGUCUGUGCCCAGCUCGAUCUGACCCAUCUGAGGGGGAGAAAUGUGGAGGAUCUGUCUGGAGGGGAACUCCAGCGCUUUGCCUGCGCUGUGGUGUGCAUCCAGAGAGCAGACAUUUUUAUGUUUGACGAGCCAUCCAGUUACCUGGACGUGAAGCAGCGUUUAAAAGCUGCCAUCACCAUUCGUUCUCUCAUCACUCCAGACAGGUACAUCAUUGUAGUGGAGCAUGACCUGAGUGUGCUGGACUACCUGUCAGACUUCAUCUGCUGCCUUUAUGGAGUGCCCAGUGCGUAUGGGGUUGUCACCAUGCCUUUCAGUGUCAGGGAAGGAAUCAACAUCUUCUUGGACGGGUAUGUUCCUACUGAGAAUCUUCGCUUCCGGGAGACGUCGCUGGUUUUCAAAGUUGCAGAGACUGCCAAUGAGGAGGAGAUAAAGAAGAUGUGCCGCUACCAGUACCCCAACAUGAGGAAGGCCAUGGGCGACUUUGAACUGGCCAUCGUGGAGGGGGAGUUCACUGACUCUGAGAUCAUGGUCAUGCUGGGAGAGAAUGGAACUGGCAAGACCACAUUUAUCAGAAUGCUGGCUGGCCGACUAAAGCCAGAUGAAGGAGGUGAUGUACCCCUCCUGAAUGUCAGCUACAAACCUCAGAAGAUCAGCCCAAAAUUCAAAGGAAGUGUGCGUGCCCUUAUGCACGAGAAGAUCAGAGAUGCUUAUAUGCAUCCUCAGUUUGUCACGGAUGUCAUGAAGCCCAUGCAGAUUGAGAGCAUCAUCGACCAGGAUGUCCAGAACUUGUCUGGAGGAGAGUUGCAGAGAGUAGCCCUGGCCCUGUGUCUGGGCAAACCUGCUGAUGUCUAUCUGAUCGACGAGCCCUCUGCCUACCUAGACUCCGAGCAGCGUCUCAUGGCUGCUAGGGUCGUCAAAAGGUUUAUUCUCCAUGCUAAGAAAACAGCAUUUGUUGUGGAACACGACUUCAUCAUGGCAACCUAUCUGGCUGACCGAGUCAUUGUGUUUGAUGGAAUCCCAUCAAGAAGCACAACUGCAAACACGCCACAGACUCUACUGGCUGGCAUGAACAAGUUUCUCUCCUUGCUGGAGAUCACUUUCAGAAGAGACCCCAACAACUUUCGACCAAGGAUCAACAAACUCAAUUCCAUUAAGGACGUGGAGCAGAAGAAGUCCGGAAACUACUUCUUCCUUGAUGACUAGCCACACAUCCUUCCCCCAUCGCUUUGGCCUGCCGUGCUAUCCAUCCCACUACAACCGUCUAGCGUAACAUGUACAGCUUGGAGAAGAGAGGGGGUCGUAACCUGCUCCGCGGAGGGUCCAAGAAGGGGCACGGACCACAGACCUGCUGCUUCCGCUUCCAGCCUUCACGUGUUGGUGCUCGGCUGGGCCUCUGUCAUCCCUCCAGGAGUACCAGCAGCUAUAUAAAAAAAAAAAUGUGUUAUUUUAUCUUUCUGAAUUAUCAUAUUGAUUCUUUUUUUUAAAGAAAGAAUAUUCCUCUCCUCAAUAAAUGCUAGCUGCCCCAC